UCUAAACGAGAGAAACCGCAAUUCUUACGAAAGGCAAAGGAAAGUGUUGCGAACACCUAUCGUUUCUCAAAUCCCACCACAGCUGUCAAGGCUAGCUCAGUUUCUCUAAAGUCGCAAAGGAACAUCAAAUACAUGAUUAACCAAGAUCUUGGAAGUUUGAUCAACGAUACGACUAGAUGUAUUACUUGGUCGAUAAUCCUGGGCGAGAGGAAAUCGUGUCCAAUCACUAGAGUGGGUCGCAGUGACGUAUAAAAGAGCUCGAUUGUGCCGCGAUUACAGUAGAAUUGAACGCGUUUCUGUGAACCAACAUACCUGUAACUGCGCCUAAAACAAUUUGAAAUGUGUACAAUUUAAAUUCAAUUUUGGAAAGGAAAGGAAAGAGAUCAAAGCAUCAUCGGUGUUGCGACGAAGAAAAAUGAGAAUCUUCAGAAGAGGAUGGUACACGGUCCACGCAGUAUUCUGCGUGCAUUUCACAGUUACGAUUGCUCGAGCCGACAAUCUACAUCCGGAAACACGCGAGACGAGACAAUCAUUCACGGAAAUAGUUGAUGACGAACCGUCCAUAGUUGAAAUGAACUUCCAGAAGAAAUUGAUCCCCAUAAAGGAGCCUCGAAAGAAUCUUGGAAUAUUUGCACUGCCUUUGGAACCGGAUGCUGAAAUGUUACCCCUCCAUUAUACGAGUGUCAAACCUCCUGGAGUCGAUCAUAUGGAGCUGAAAUACGCCGAAUCCCAAGUUUCUCGAGUUGUGCCCAAAGUCGAGAGGGCUGAUGACAGUCGACAAGUGGCCAAGAAAUCGAAAAGUAACGAGGGUAACGAAGAGGGAUAUCGUGAAGUAUCUUCGUUCGAAAAGGGUCAGAGAGGGGACAGUUUGAGGAAGAGGAAGAGGACUCAACGCGUUGAAACUGGUGGGAAGAAAAAGGUUGAGCAUAAUCGAGGAAGCAAUUCGGGGCAAAAAAUGAAACGGACUAAAGGUAAGAAAGGAGGUAAUUAUCGGGUGAAAAGCAACGAUCACGCGAAUCGUAAAGCGAUUGGUUACUUAAACGUUUAUCACAAAGACGAAUACAAGAGGGAUCAUGAUUUUUACGACAACGACGAUCAGGGAGGUCAUUCGAAGAAACAUGGACGAUAUAACGAGAAGCAUGUCGCCAUCGAGGGUAGAUACAAGAAGGGUGGUGCUCACGAUUCUGAUGAUGUCGAUGAAGCGAAACAUUAGAAGCAGGGGAACUCCCAAGCGAGCGGUGAAACCAGAGAUUAUGAGAUUCGCCAUGGAUAGAUUCUUUAAAAACUUUCAGGGAUUCAGGAAGCGGAGAAACAGAAAUGGUGAAAACUUUGGCUUCGAUUAGAUGAAAAUGUGUUAAUUCUUGUGUAAGUAGUUUGGUAAUAUAAUAUGUCUGGAAAGAUAAUGUAUUUAUUAUAUCUAAUAAAUUAGAAUUAUUUUU